AUGGGUGAGUCAGGGGACGAUAUAGACCAAAUGUUCAGCACGUUAUUGGGAGAGAUGGAUCUUCUGACCCAGAGUUUAGGAGUUGACACUCUUCCUCCUCCUGAACCUAAACCACCCAGAAAUGAAUUCAACUACAGUGUGGGUUUUAAAGAUUUAAAUGAGUCCUUAAAUGCCCUGGAAGACCAAGAUUUAGAUGCUCUCAUGGCAGAUCUGGUAGCAGACAUAAGCGAAGCUGAGCAGAGGACAAUCCAGGCACAGAAAGAGUCCUCUCAGAACCAACGUCAUUCGGCAUCUCUGGAGGCAUCAAACGUAUGUGGGGCAGCCUCUCUUGGUUACGGAGGAAAUGUUGCUGCAAUGAGUGUCAGCCAGUAUGAGGACAAUUUGCCACCUCCACCAGCUGAUCCUAUGUUAGACCUUCCACUGCCACCACCCCCUCCUGAACCUCUCUCUCAGGAAGAUGAAGAAGCCCAAGCCAAGGCUGAUAAAAUUAAGAUGGCUUUGGAAAAACUGAAGGAGGCCAAGGUUAAGAAGCUCAUCAUCAAGGUGCACAUGAAUGACAACAGCACAAAGUCACUGAUGGUGGAUGAGCGGCAGUUGGCCCGAGAUGUUCUGGAUAACCUUUUUGAGAAAACUCACUGCGACUGCAAUGUAGACUGGUGUCUUUAUGAAAUAUACCCAGAGCUACAAAUUGAGAGGUUUUUUGAAGACCAUGAAAAUGUUGUUGAAGUCUUAUCAGACUGGACAAGAGACACAGAAAAUAAAGUGCUAUUUGUGGAGAAGGAAGAAAAAUAUGCUGUAUUUAAAAACCCCCAGAAUUUCUACUUCAAUAACAAAGGAAAAAAAGAAGGCAAGGAAACCAAUGAGAAAAUGAAUGCCAAGAACAAGGAAUCCUUACUUGAGGAAAGUUUCUGUGGGACAUCUGUCAUUGUACCAGAACUAGAAGGAGCUCUUUAUUUGAAAGAAGAUGGAAAGAAAUCCUGGAAAAGGCGCUAUUUUCUUUUACGGGCUUCUGGAAUUUAUUAUGUACCCAAAGGAAAGACUAAGACAUCUCGAGACCUGGCGUGUUUUAUACAGUUUGAGAAUGUCAACAUUUACUACGGGACUCAGUGCAGAAUGAAAUAUAAGGCACCCACAGACCACUGCUUUGUUUUAAAGCAUCCCCAAAUUCAGAAGGAGUCCCAGUACAUCAAGUAUCUCUGCUGUGAUGACGCAAGAACUCUCAACCAGUGGGUCAUGGGUAUAAGGAUCGCCAAGUAUGGAAAGACUCUCUAUGAGAACUACCAGCGGGCCAUGGCAAGGGCUGGGCUUGCCUCUCGGUGGACAAACUUGGGGACGGCCGGCGCAGCCACUCCAGUUCAGCCUUCUGCAGGUACUAAAACAGGCACCGCCCAGCCCAAUGGUCAGAUUCCCCAGGCUGUGCAUUCUGUCGGCUCCGUUCUGGAAGAGGCCCAGAGACAUGUUGAAACAACUAAGGCCAAGAAGCCAGCCCUUGGUAACCACGACCCAGGAGCGCCCAGGGCCCUUCACCCGCCCAGGUCCAGCCUCCCCCCGCCCCCUCCCGUGCGACGGUCGUCAGACACCUGCGGCAGCCCUGCCACGCCCUGCACGGCCAAGGGCUGGGGCGGCGGCUUCCCCGCCCCGCCCGACGACUUUCUGCCGCCGCCCCCGCCGCCGCCACCCGUGGGGGACGACGAGCUGCCGCCGCCGCCCCCGGAUUUUCAAGAAGCGCCCCCGGACUUCGUGCCGCCGCCCCCGCCGUCUUUGGCGGGGGACUCGGGCUCUGAUUUGCCGCCGCCGCCGCCGCCGCCGCCUCCUGCCGCGCUGACCCCCAAGUCCGCCAGGCCGCCCCCCACGGUCGCCAAAAGGCCUCCCGUCCCCCCAAAGAGGCAAGAGAACCCGGGACCCCCGAGCGGGGCGGGCGGCGGGGAGCAAGAUUUCAUGUCAGACCUGAUGAAAGCUUUGCAGAAGAAGAGGGGCAACGUGGCCUAGGGGGCCCGGGAAGUGGCUGUGUGUGACGGGGACGUCAUUUCUAACCUCACGUGCGUGUUUUGCUACUUCGCUGUC